CUGCAGUUGGUAUGGCUAUGCUGCCGCUCACAGAAUCUAUCUUUAUGCAUACCAGUUGUCCUCUCCACUGCAUCAAUUGCUUCCUUCAAUCACCAUCUGUAUGCGUUUUACUUGUCCACGACUACAUACAUACAUACAUAUAUAGCUCAAAGCGAUUAAACAUAGAACCCUCCAAGUAAUGCUAACUGUGAAUUGCGCUUCCACCCCACAGAUAUAAGCCUAUAUCUUGACUUGAAAUUCACGAAGCAAUCCAAGCACAUUUUCUUACUGAAUGCUAGCUAUAAGCCAGAUGAGGAGAAGUAGCAGCUCACAUCAACGGCCCAUUGCCUUUCUUCCUCUCUUGCUUGUGUAUUUUGCCUUGGCUUCUUCUUCAUUUGUCCCAGGCUGCAAUGGAAGGAGAUCGCUGGGGUUAACGGUAGGCAAGGGGAAUAAACUGAGAGCCACCGGCCGUUUCGACAUUGCUUCCCUGAUCCUCCAGAGAGAAACGCUGGGCGAUGGAGCAUCCAACACGCAGCCGUACGUCAGCUCCCCUUUCUCACUGCCGCCGUACGAUUCAUUGUCCCCUCAGAAUGCUCCCCCUUACUGCAACGAACCUCCACAAGGAGGCCUACCUCAGCCUCAGCCUCAGCCUCAGCCACCGCCACCGUCAGGCACCGAUACCGGCAUUCCCACACCUUCCGCUCCCACCUUCCUCCUCCCACCGCCGACCGGCAUCCCCACCCCCGCCUUCCUCCUCCCGCCGCCAGCUCCCCCUGGUCCUUCCUCCUACUACUUUCCCCCGGGCCCACUUGUCCCGAUUCUUCCUGGCCCAUCUACUCCAGGAAUAGCCACUCCAGGCCCACCCACUUACACCAUUCCUGGGCCAUAUCCGCCUGAGGCCCAAAUACCCCCUGCCCCUCCUACAUUUGAUGUACCGAGCCCGCCCGUGGCUUUCAUGCCGCCGGUGGUUUUCCCGCCGCCGACUGGUCCGCCGUCUCCAAGGACGGGGCCUCCGGCAGCGCUGUGGUGCAUGGCGAAGCCAUCGGUGCCCGAUCCGAUCAUGCAGGAGGCGAUGAACUACGCAUGCGGGUCCGGUGCCGACUGUGAUUCGAUACAGCCUGGCGGGCCGUGCUCUCAGCCGGACACAGUGUUUGCCCACGCUUCCUACGCUUUCAACAGCUACUGGCAGCGAACCAAGUCAGCUGGCGGUUCUUGCUCUUUCGGCGGCACUGCCAUCCUCGUCACGGUAGAUCCUAGUGCUACAAAGGUUGCCAAUUUGCAUACAACUGACGCGUGGAUAGCUAAUUAAGGCGGGUGGCGAUGAAUUAUUGCUGGGAUUAGAUGACAUAUAGAAAAGUGAAUUUUACAUAAAUUAUUAUGAGAAUAAAGGAGGAGGCGAAGAGAGGGAUUAUUAAUAGUGGGUUAAUUGUUAGAUUCAGACAUUCAAUGAUAAAUCACAUUUUAUAGGUUGGGCUUUAAAUCCUCCCAUGUGUGAUUCAUGAAUUUUUGUAAACAGUUGAAACUUGAAUGUGG